CGAGCCCUACUCUACCAGCGAGCCCUACAGCUGCCGCCGUGCCGUUACAUAGCGGCGCUACCGCCGACGCCUCAAUCCCACGCUCCCACUCCCCAACCUCCCACGCGCGUCGCCGCCAUCGCCCUUCCCGUUCUUCCUCGUCGGCAAAUCUCGCUCCUGCUGCCUCCACCCCGUCCUCACUGCACGGCGCCCACCAUGUCGGCGCCCUCCGGCUCCGGCGAAGCCGACGGAGACGCCCCCGCUGCCUCCACGUAUUACGACGUCUACGGUCCCGACGCCAAACCUGAUGUUGUUUUGAAGGAAGCCACUUCAAACUCUACAUUGAAUUUGCAGGAUGUCCAGGGGCUAGUAACUUGGGUUAUUGGUGAAGGCAUGCCACCUUCUUGGGUGUUUGUUAAAAACAAGCCUCUUAUCCCAAAGGUUGUCCUUCUCUAUGUUCCUGGUCUCGAUGCAGCUUUAUAUAUGUCGCAUUCCCGCCUCCUUUCUUCUUUGAAAGAAUUGUGUGGCAAUCCAAAACCUGUUCUAGCUUCAAGCCGUGUACCAGAUGAAACACAUACCAUUGAUGCACUCCUAACAUGCAGAGUAAAGCGAAAGCGCCAGUCGAAAACAUCAAACCAAUUAUAUGAACCUGAUGGAGGUAAAUUAUCAAGUCUGGAGGAACUAAAAGAUAUACCAUUUCCUGUUAAAUACUACACACUUUCUGGGAAAGACUUCGAAGAUAAUGGCUACUCGUUUAGUUUGCCAGGUUUUGUCCCUACGGUUCCAGCUCCUUCAGGCUCUUCUCCACAUGAAAUUCUCGCACUUGACUGUGAGAUGUGCGUGACUGUAGCUGGAUUUGAACUUACAAGAGUGACAUUAGUCGAUAUUAAAGGAGAGGUGGUACUGGAUAAACUAGUCAAGCCUGCCAAUCCAAUCACUGAUUACAAUACAAGGUUCAGUGGAAUCACUGCUGAGAUGCUAUCAGAUGUGACAACAACCCUCCAGGAGAUUCAGGAAGUGCUUGUUGGACUUGUGUACAAAGAAACCAUUCUUGUUGGUCAUUCUUUGGAAAAUGACCUUAUGGCAUUGCGGAUAUCUCAUGACUUGAUCAUUGAUACUGCUGUUUUGUAUAAAUAUAAUUGUGGCCCUCGCUGUAUUAAAAUUGCUUUACGUGUUCUGUCAAAAAAAUAUCUUAGCCGGGAGAUCCAGAAUACAGGGUCUGGGCAUGACAGCGUUGAAGAUGCAAGAGCUGCUCUCGAUCUUGCCCUUUUGAAAAUAAAAUACGGUCCUGAUUUUGGCUCCCCGCCAUCGUUUUCACGACGAAAUCUGGCUUCCAUUCUGCAUGAAAGUGGGAAAAUAUGUUCCCUCAUAGAUGAAGUGAAUGUUCUUAAUCGCUAUUCAGAUGCUUCUUGCAAUUCAAUUGCAGUUUUCUCAGAUAAUGAUGCCCUAUCCAGAUCAAUGAAAGAGGUAAAGAACAAGAAAAUCAGCUUUGUGUGGACUCAGUUUUCAGGAUUGAUUUCUUAUCUACAUAAAAGAACUCAAGAUCCUGAGAAACUGAAAUCCUGUGUUGCGGAGGCUAUUGCAUUGAAAACCUGCGAUGGAAAAACUGCCCGGAAAAGAGCGAAGGAGCGAACUUGCCCAGAGUUGAAGGAAAAUUUGUGUGAAUUGGACAAGAAAAUUCGAAAGUUAUACACUGCACUGCCGGAGAACGCUAUGUUUAUUAUAUGUACCGGUCAUGGGGAUACUCCUAUGGUACAAAGAUUAAAGAAAAUGCUUAACCACGGAGAAGAAACAAUCGAGAGCAGGGAAAAUAUUGUCCAUGCAUUGGAAGAUUUGCAAGCUCAAGCAGAAGUUGCCCUAUGCUUCUGUUGUGUCAAGCAUUAGCUGUAACGAAGUCAUUUGUUGACAGGCAUUUUUGAAGAGACCCCCCCUAGUGGUUGCAGCCUUGCGGGUAGGAUUCAGGUGUUGCAUCCUGACUGACAUAAAUGAACCAUAACUUUUGAAGAUUGAUGUACCUAGGAAUGAAUUGGUUAAUUUUAGGAUGGAGUCAUGCAUGGAUCCUAACCGACCAACAUGAGGACUUGUGUGGCUAUAGUGGGGAUUCAGCUUUGAAACACGACCUGGAAGUCCCAGAUGUGCCUUUUGAUUUUUUUGGUGGACUGGGAUGGUAAGUUAGAUUUAUGGAUAUGGUCAGGUUUCAGGCAUAGUAGCAGAUAGGCGACGUUUGAAACAAGAUAGAGGUUGUAAUACUGCUGGUCUCUUCAAUAUAGAGAGAAUAGACUGCAAAUAUACAUAUAUUCUUUC